CCGCCGAGCCAGUGAACCAGCCAUGUAACCAACGUUCAACGAAAGUUUGUGACAGUGACAACUGAUAAUGUCAGCUUCUUGUGUCGUUUGUAGUUGUACCAAUCACCAUUACCGCAAAGUCACCGGGGAUGUGUUUAGAUUUCCGUCGAAACUCUUGUAUCCCGAGAAGAGAGCCGCUUGGGUGGCUGCAGUGAGGGGAGUGCACCCGGACGGUUCGCUGUGGGAGCCAAGCAAGGACUGCCAGAUCUGCAGCGCGCACUUCAUCACAGGGCGGCCAUCGAACUUCAAGGACCGUCCUGACUUCGUGCCCACCGUGUUCAACUACGCAAGAGCUCCCGGCGAGUCCGCAGUGCAGUCGCAAGACCCCUGCGUGGGGAGGCACGAAGGUGAUGGAGCUGCACCGUUGGGGAAAGCCAGCAGCCCAUUGAAAGUCGACAUGGUCAUCUCAUUCAGAUGCUGUUCCUGCAUCUAUGUCACCAGAGAUCAGCGUGGAAUCGUGAGCCACCUGGUCGCCCAUGGCGAUGAACAAUUCAAGAGCCAGCAUCCUCCCUCCUCUUCUCUUCUUCUCUCUUCUCUUCUCUUCUCUUCAAGUGCACUCUUCAAGUGCAAACUGUGUCCUGAAGCCUUUGCUCGGUAUUCAGAUCUCAGAAGGCAUAACCAAAUGCACACUGGUGAGAAGCCAUUUAAGUGCAAGCUUUGCCCCCAAGCCUUUGCCCAAAAUGCAGAUCUGGAAGUCCAUAAUCAAAUACACACUGGUGAAGAGCCAUUUAAGUGCAAGCAGUGCCCCCAAGGCUUUGCUUGUAAUUCAGCUUUGACGAUACACACCCAAACACACACUGGUGAAAAGCCAUUUAAGUGCAAGCUUUGCUCCCGAGCUUUUGCCCAGAAUUCACAUCUGAGAAUACAUACCCGGACACACACUGGUGAAAAGCCAUUUAAGUGCAAGCUUUGCCCAAAAGCCUUUGCUUGGAAUUCAGUUCUGAAAGCACAUACCCGAACUCACACUGGUGAAAAGCCAUAUAAGUGCAAUCUUUGCCCAAAAUCAUUUGCUCUGAAUUCAUCUCUGAGAGGGCAUAACUCAACACACACUGGUGAGAAGCCAUUUAAGUGCAGGCUUUGCCCAAAAGCCUUUGCUUGGAAUUCACAUCUGAGAAUACAUACCCGAACACACACUGGUAAAAAGCCAUUUAGGUGCAAGUUUUGCCCACAAGCCUUUUUUCGGAAUUCAGAUUUGAGAAGGCAUAACAAAGUACACACUGGCAAAAAGCCAUUUGAGUGCAAACUUUGCCCACAAGCCUUUGCUCUGUGCUCAGCUCUGAGAAACCAUAGCCAUACACACACUGAUAAAAAGCAAUUUAGAUGCCAUCUUUGCCCCCAAGCCUUUGCUCAGAGUUCAGAUCUGAGAAUUCAUAAACGAACACACACUGCUGAAAUGCCAUUUCAGUGCAAGCUUUGUGCAAAAGCCUUUCUUUGGAAUUCAGAGCUGAGAAGGCAUAACCAAACACACACUGGUGAAAAGCCAUUUAAGUGCAAGCUUUGCCCAAAAGCCUUUGCUCGGUAUUCUGAUCUGAGAAGGCAUAACAAAACACACGGGAGAAAAGCCAUUUAAGUGCAAGCUUUGCACCCCAAACCUUGGCUCAGAAGGCACACCUGAGAAGCCUUAAUCAAACACUCACUGGUGAAAAGCCACUUAAGUCCAAGCUUUGCUCCCAAGCCUUUUCUCAAAAUUUCUAUCUGACCUGCCA